GGUCGCAGAUUAAAAUUACUGCCCGACCGUACAGCUGAACGACAAUCCUACACACGAUACGGUCGAGUAUGGACGUGCUACCGCAAAGCAGCUGCCUUUGCCCGUACAAAAAGCUAAACUUGAGUAAAAUAUUGUUGUCGGUGCAGCAAAUCAGGUCGGGAAGUGCCGUGGCGAAAAGCUAGAGUCCGGUCAACGUGAAUUAGAUUUGCAAACAACAGAGUGUGAAAAUUCAGUGACCUGUGAAUAAUUGCGGGACAUUGUUGGUGAAGGAGUCAAGGAGAAGGAAAAAACAUUUUGCGUAACAGCAGUGCUGAGAAAGGCUCCUCCGUUCGAAAUAACAAGAGGAUAAAGUAUACAGUCUGUGAUUCAGGUCUAGAGACGGUAAUAAGGAAAUUAAACGUAAAUGCUUUAGAAGAAAUUAUAGCAUUUCUGUUCAUAGAACAAGUACACAGGGAAGUGAGCAACCGCGAGUGAUAAGGUUCAACAAACGGAUCAUAAUCUACAUCUGUUUGUGAAGUGAAUGACAAAGAGGCGAAGCGCAAACAAACACAAUACGUACUUUGUGUAUGCAUUACGAAAAAGAUUCAGUCAAUAAAAGUUGGUAAGGGAAAACGCAGAUAGUGUACAAUUUGUGAAGGAGAGUGUCACCAAGCGAGUCCAAAAUGUGGUGCCUGAUCAAUCUUCCGAAUGGGACGACCUCUGCGGUCCAGUGCGACCCCAAGAAGAACAGCCAAGAGUGUUUGGAAAAGGUCUGCAACGAUCUUGGAAUCAUCUGCGAAAUCGACUACUUUGGGUUGAUUCCGGUUCGCGAUGGGGACAGCGCCGAAGUUGAUGAGUGCAGCGCCAAGCAAUGGAUCAACCUACGAAAUCCACUCAGUCUGCAUGCCAACGAUCGCAACCAUCCAAUUUUGCUGUCGUUGCGCGUCAAGUUCUGGGUGCCAGCGCAUUUAAUCUUGCAGGACAGUGUAAAAAAGCUGUUCUACAUGCAGGCUCGACAAGAGCUGCUUGACGGUCACAUCAGUGCAUCUAGCUGGGAAAAUGCAGCGUACAUUUCUGCCUUGCUGUUGCAAGCUGACGGCUACCUGUACGAACCGAAUAAGGUCUUUGCCAACCUAACCGGUUCGGAGCGUCGAAGUGCUCUGAACACUACUGAUCGCCGGCAACAGAGAAGGCCAUCGAAGCGAAAGAAUUCGGAAAUCGACGUCAAAAGAGGAAGCAUUGCAUCGACGGUCACGCUGGACGAUGUCAACUCGGAAACUGUACCAAAGAACAUUUACCAGACAUACAUAGUACGGCCAAAGUUCGAGGACGCUGAGCCGGAGAUGUUGCUCGAGAAUUUCAUUCAAAUGAUCGCGAAGGAACACGAGUCUUUGAAUAGGGUUAAAAUGACUGCCACCUCGGCUCAGUACUGGGUGCUGGAAGAAAUCUCAUCUCUGAAUGGCUACGGCGAAGAGGUGUUCGAAGGUAUCACAAUCAACGAGCCUUCGGCGCGCUGCAAAAUCGGAGUUAGCCCUUCUGGGCUUACAAUUACCAAGGACGAUGAUAAGUACAACGUUCCAUUUACCGCAGUGAAGGCCGCCAAGUCGAUCAAACGAUCGUUCAGGCUGACGUACAUGAACGAGGAGCACGAGGAAACCCAUAUCGAGCUGAAGUUGCCGAAUCAUCGUACGGCAGCCUGUCUCUACCGGGCCAUUACCGAGAAGCACGUAUUCUACUCGUGCGAAACUGUUCGACCUGUGGUUACCACCCAAUUCAUCCGGGAUCUCAAGGGUACGAUCGUAUCCAUGUUCAACGAAGAUACCGAACUUGGCAAACGGUACGUGUUCGAUAUUCAGCGAACCUGUCGGGAAGUCUACGACAAUUCUCGACGAAUUCUACACGCUCGAGGAAUAGAAAUUAGCAAGGUACAAAACGAAAGUCCACAAGCCCAGGCUGACAAGCUGGACCAACAAAUGGCCGACGAAGCUGAGGAAAACAACAAACUCGAACGAUUAGUCGAAGAAAGGAUGACCGAUGCGCUCACCUGUAUCAUCUGCGCUGACAAUAUGAUCGACACGGUGUUCCUUCCAUGCGGACACAUUACUGCCUGCCGGCAAUGCGCAGAACAAUGUGAUCGCUGCCCACUUUGCCGAGCCAAUAUCGAAUGCGUCAGCAAGGCUUUCUUACCGCCACUGAUGCGAACCAGGAGUCAAACAGCCGCUGCCGCCGCAGCAGCCAUUGAAGCUCAUUAGAAUCCUUAUCUCUCGAGUGCAACCCCCGAUUUGGCUCAAAACUUCAAACUCUAACCACAUUACCAUUAGCUUUAGCAGAAAAUAAAAACUUGCACAGCCCGACAAACUGAUGUUCGCAAGGGCUUUUUAAGUUACGAAAUUUCUACAGAAAAAAAAUGCAAUCAAGGUGAUAUUUAGUUUUAGUCACACUGUCUACAGGCAUUAAACGAAAACUGCUUUUGAAGUUAUCGACAGCCCAGAUGGAAGAUCCCCUAUAUCAUAUAAUCAAGCGAACUUAUAUAGUCAUGUAUCAAUGCAAACCAACUAUCAGUACAGUAGUUGUAGAACGUAGGCGAAUGGGGCUCACCCCCGCGAUUGUGUGAUGAACGAAUGUUUUAAAAGAAGGCGCCCAAGCGUCCAGUGAGAUGAAUAAUUUUAGUGAUGAAAGUAUUGAUUUCUGUUAAGUAUUUUAUAUCCCAAACCAACCCUCAAUUCAAUGAUUGGUCUUCGUACUAGCUACGUGUAAGAUUAUAUUAUCUGCGCCACGAAAGUGGUAUUCAAAAAAUGCAAAUACAAUUUGUUGUUAUUAAAAAUUA